AUGGAUGAUGUGUCGCAGUCUGCGACGCCGCGAUCGCGACCUCCUCUCCCGUUCGCGAAGCGCGCCUUCGCGUCGUCGACCGCGUCGCCGUAUGCUGCGUCUCCGCGACGAGGCACUCCUGGGUCUGUUCGCAAGACCUUAACGACGCGCGAUGACGCGCCCGCAAAUAGCUUGGGGCGUAGCUUCGUUGGGUCGAGCAACAUUUUCCGAUCAUCCACCGCCUCAGAAAGCCCCAAACCCGCGCCCUUCUCACCAAGCUUUUCACAGACGCCCAAGCAGAAGCUCUUCGAUCCACCGGCGGGCAGCACACCCGCUUCGGCACGCGUACAGAGGGAGAAGAUUGCGUACCCGUCCGCCAGAGGGAUCGCGAAAAAGAUGCUUGAUGUGCCGACAUUCCCAAUGAGGAUUGAAGAGCCGGCACGAGAGCUCACGGGCGAGGCCCUCGAGAACAAGGUGCCGAAGGGUUGGGACCCGAAAAACCCGAUCUACGCUGACCAAUAUCUUGCCGAACUUUGUCCCCAAGAGUUCGACGACGAGCAGCGACGACAGUGGUUUUGUAUCCUCGACAUGCGACGACUCAAGCAUACUGCCGACGAGAUAUUCAUUCGAAAAGGCUGGCGUCUCAAUAUCGUUAGUUUCGCCAAGGAAUAUGAGAAGAGUCGGACACUGGUCAUGUUGCACUACGACCUGUACGAGUUCAAAAACGUAAAAGCGGAUCCGGAGACUAUCAAGCGAUGGCGUAGAGAGCAUGGCAUGACACCUCUGGAGAACGACGAGUCAGUAGCAACACCCACCAAAGCAUCCGUGGCAGCUUCUGCCAUCAAGAAGCGGAAGACCUUUGAUGAGGGCUCCGAUGAAGACAUCCGCGAGCCGGUCACCAAGAGCAGCAAGCGCCGUGUCAGCGACAACAAGAUCGAUGAUGCUGAGCCUGGCUUUGCUUCAGCCACGCCCGUACUUGCGGCCCCUGCCCAAGCCCCUGCAACGUCUCCCAACAAACGCAAGGCUUCCACCAACGAAGAGGAGGCGGAAAGCCAGCCCAGCAAGCUGCAGAAGCCAACUUCAGGUGCUCGGUCUGCGUUCGAGAGAGCUGCUAACAAAGAAUCCACAACGCCCGCCGCCACGCCUGCGAAACCCAGCGCUUUUGCGCCCAAGCCCGCGGGCAACUCGCUCAUGCAAUCUGUCCUCAAAAACAAUGCUAAGUCCGAUACAGCCCAGAAGCCGGCCGGUGCGGGUGGAAAUAUCUUUGGGCACCUUUCGGACUCCAGUUCUGCAAAGAACAGUGGGCAGGAUGCCGAUGCUGAUGGAGAGAGCGAGACGGACUCUGAGCCCGAGGAAGUUGAGGAACCCAGCGCGAAGCGACCCGCCUUCGAAGCCAGCACUGGGGAGAGUGCAGCAGGGACACGCGAGAGCACACCGGCCCGUGGCUUGUUUGACCGUGUCACCAAGGACAGCAACGGAGAGCCGAUGCGGGCUGGUACUCCUGUCGGAGAGACUGCACGAGCCUCGUUCCCGGCCAAAGACCAGACCUGGAACCCUAGCAGCACUCCCAUCAAAUUUGCGCCCUCAGCGCAGCCUAGCUCGGCGUUUGGCGGUCCCAAAGAUGCGCCUGCAUCCACCUUCAAGUCUACUUCGGCAGCACCUGCGUCGAACCUGUUUGGCGCCCCCAAACAGGACACGCAGACUGCCAACAAGUCGAAGGAUGGCAGCGAGUCGGACAAGGAGAACAGCUCUCAGGAUACUCAAAAGGCUUUGCCUGAGUCGAAGCCCCAGCAGCCUGCCGUUGGAUCGAUAUUUUCCGAAAAGCCUAAGGAACCAGCGGCCGAGAAGUUAGAGGGCGCGCCAACAAGCUUGUUCGGUGCUCCCCCUAUCAAGCCCCCCUCCAACCUGUUUGGCAGCGCCAGCAAGCCUGCAGAGUCUGUCAGCUCUACGACACCUGCCGUGAUGCAGUCAUCUACUCUAUUCGGUGCCAAGCCUGCCGAGUCGGAAAAGCCUAGCAGUCUAUCUGGCCCAUCCACCUCUCUUUUCGGCGCUGCGAAGCCCGACACAGAGCAGAAGGAUGGAGCGUCUACCACAUCUACUCCCCUGUUUGGUGCGCAAAGACCUCUGUUUGGCUCAUCUGCGGCUGCAGAUGAGACCGGUACUUCGCCUCCACUGUUUGGUGCGAAACCUGAUGAGAAGAAAGAUGUCGCUGCCACGCCCCCGUCAUUGUUUGGGCCGAAGCCCGCAACGACUACCAGCAGCAAUCUCUUUGGCAGUGGUGCGACUACCUCCGCUCCACAGACCACCAAUCUGUUUGGCAGCAAGGCUAGUUCUGAUGCCACAAAAUCUUCUGCCGCUCCAACUUUCAGCUUCGGAGCAAACGCCAACAAGCCGGCGGAAUCCUCAGCUCCUGCGUCGAAACCUCUGUUUUCGGCGCCCAAGUCACCACCUGCGUCAGCCGGAACAGGCAACAUGUUUGAUGGCAGCCCCAUGAAGCAAGACGACAAGUCCCCGGCCAAGCCCAUCUUCGGUGGUCUAAACAGCAAUGCAGCGUCUACGCCGGCGCCAUCGUUCUCCUUCGGUGCCAGCAGCACCCAAAGUACCGCACCCACUAGCAACUUGUUUGGUAGUCAAACUUCGAACAACGUGCCCAAUGGCAGUGGUGGUAACUUGUUUGGGAACAACAGCAAUGGCAAGAGUCCUAGCGACACCCCCGCUGGAGGCAGCUUCAACUUCUCCUUUGGUGGUUCCGGCAUGAAUGGUGGCGGUAACGCGGGCGGGCAGUCUGGGACAUCUUUCAGCAAUCCCUUCGCAUCCAACGGCGACAGCAACGCGGGAUCCAAAUCAGCUCCCUCGUCAUUCACCUUUGGUAGCCAAGACCAGCCUGCCUCGUCGAAUGCUGGAGGUAGUUUCCAGUUUGGUGCUAGCACCGCUGGCAACGCAAGCUCCUUUGGCAACAAUGCCUCGUUCGGCAACAACAGUGCCAGCACGCCGUCCUUUGGGGCAGGAUCAUCGGGUGCCAUGUUCAGCUUUGGGGCCAACAGCUCCACACAGCCAAACACUCAAGCCGCUGCACCACCUUCUUUCCUCGUUCCGCCAUCCUCAGGGACCAACACACCAUCCAACCUCGGUGGCGGUUCCAGUCUGGCGACAACACCUGCCCGCGGGACACCGGAGCCGUCGGCAGCCAAUGGCAGUGCGGGUGCUGCCGGUUCCGAAACCAAGGACGGAGACGAAGACGCAGAGAAGCACGAGCAGGUUAACCUCGCGGAUGCUGCAGAGGAAGGCGAGGAGACGUUGCACGAGGUACGCGCCAAGGUUCUGAAGUUUGUGAGUCCGGAAGAGGCCGCAGAGACGAAGUCGAAAAGCCCUUGGUCAACGCAGGGUGUCGGAAACCUCCGACUCCUGAAGAACAAGGAGUCUGGAAACGUGCGCCUGCUUCUUCGCGCAGAGCCCAGGGGCCAUGUGGCGUUGAACAGAAGCGUCAUGCCCGACUUUGCCUACAAGGCCGAGGAGAAGUACGUGAAGAUUACGACAGGCAACGCGACCGGCGACGGCCUGGAGACGUGGAUGAUCCAGGUCAAGACAAAAGAUCUGGCAAAGGCCUUGGCGGAGAAGGCCUCGCCAAACGCGUCGCGUCGACCGCCAUUUUCCAACCUUUUCUCCAACUUCUCGCUAGUCGGCAGUCAGUUCUGGCAGCAGCUCUGCCAGGAGCAUGGUAUUUCGCGCGACGGCAACCUCGAAGACUUUGCGACUGAGGGAGGCGAUCGGAAAGAUGUCUUCUACUACCAGUCUGACGACACGCGCUACAUUCCACGUGCGAUUAUGAUCGACCUUGAGCCGCGAGUGAUAAACGGGAUCCAGAACGGGCCGUACAAGAACAUCUACAACCCGGAGAACUUCUUCAUCAGCAAAGACGGACGAGGCGCGGCGAACAACUGGGGAGAUGGGUACGAGCACGGCGAGACUCUCUAUGAGGACAUUCUCGAGAUGAUUGAUCGUGAGGCGGACGGCAGUGACUCGCUAGAGGGCUUCAUGAUGCUGCACUCCAUUGCCGGUGGCACGGGAUCUGGACUGGGCUCGUUCAUGCUUGAGAGGCUCAACGACCGGUUCCCAAAGAAGAUCAUCCAGACCUACUCCGUCUUCCCGGAUCCGACAAACUCGGGCGACGUAGUGGUACAUCCCUAUAACAGUCUCCUGUCAUUACGGCGAUUGACCCAGAAUGCGGAUUCUGUUGUGGUCUUGGACAAUGGAGCGUUGUCGCACAUUGCGGCCGACAGACUGCACGUUCAGGAACCCUCUUUCCAGCAGACAAACCAGCUCGUGGCCACGGUCAUGUCUGCCAGCACAACCACGCUACGAUACCCCGGCUACAUGCACAAUGACCUUGUCAGCAUCCUCGCCUCGCUCAUCCCGACACCGCGAUGCCACUUUCUCAUGACCGCCUACACCCCCUUUACGGGCGACCAGGUCGAGGCCGCCAAGACCGUCCGCAAGACUACAGUCCUUGAAGUGAUGCGGCGUCUCCUCCAGCCAAAGAACCGCAUGGUGUCCACCGUGCCCGGCAAGAAGAGCUGCUACAUCUCCAUUUUGAAUGUGAUUCAGGGAGAGGUCGACCCGACGGACGUGCACAAGAGUCUCCUCAGAAUCAGAGAGCGACGGUUGGCAACCUUUAUCCCCUGGGGGCCUGCAAGCAUCCAGGUGGCCCUAACAAAACGGAGCCCGUAUAUCCCAAUGAGCCACCGUGUUAGUGGACUCAUGUUGGCAAAUCACACAAGCAUUGCUACGCUAUUCAAGCGCAUCGUGAAGCAGUACGAUGGCAUGCGGAAGCGCAAUGCCUUCAUCGAGACGUACAAGCGCACCGCACCGUUUGCCGAGGACUUUCACGAAUUCGACGAGGCGAGAGCCGUGGUCACAGACCUGAUUGGGGAGUACGAGGCUGCCGAGAACAUGACCCAGUCAAAGGACCAGACCAUUGAGGAGCGCAAGGCCAACCUCCCUCUCCCCGAGCAGCCUCCCACCACCUCCGACUGGCAGUCUGCCGACGCCAGCACCGUCAAUGUGGGUUCUGGCCGCUCCGAGGCCGAGGCCAACAUUGGCACCAACGAUGCCUCCAAGGCCGGUCUCCGUGGGCCCGCCAGCAAGGAGACCCAGGACCUGAGCAACAUCGGCCGUCAAGCCGUCGAGGGCGAGCUGCCCAAGGAUGCGGCCGGGCCUAAAUAA